CUCCCUAACCCAUACUACACAUGCCUCGCAGCUCGCUACAUCAGCAAUACUUAGAAUCCUAUAUCUUUUUCAUGAUUAUUCAAGCACUCUUUCGACCUGCACAGACACUCGAAGACCUUUCACAAGAGCUUACUACAGAUAUAAAUUGCAUAUCAGCCAUACAACAAGCUCGCUACCUGAAUUCUCGCCCUCCGGUCCUUAAAUCCAGCAGUCUACACCUUGCAUGGGAAUGGGCACAGAGUCCAGCUGACCACCACCGCUUUGUCAAUAUGUUGCGAGUCUCUCCAGAGGUAUUUUGCAACGCAACGAUUCAAGUUUGCUCUUGACACGGUCACCGGUUGCCGUCGGAUCAAUCUCGUAGCACUCUGGUAGGACAAUAGCACCAAUACGUUUAUAAACGCUGGCCUUCGUCUCGCCAGAUGUGUUCUGAUGGCUCCGUGAAUUAGUACUAGUAACUCAGAUAUCCGCACUCACCUCAUGUUGAUCUUUUUUACCAAACAAGACCUUGUAAUUUGCCUUUGCACUGAUUUCCGCGAUGAGUUUCCAUAUACGCGAGUGCUCGUUCUCGUUCCACUGAAUGUCGGGUAGAUUCUGUAUCUUCUUCGAUUUAGCCAUGCGAGAGUAUAAAGUAGAGUACAAUGCGAC